UUUAUUUUGUUUUUGGUGGUUUGUUUUGUAUGCUUGCCGCAUUUAGAGUGUAUGCUUAAACUUCUGUAAUUGAAGUAUUAUACUUGUUUGAAUUCGGAAAAUUAGUUAAGUGCACAGCUUUAAAAUGGAAAACGAAGAAGAUCCAAAGGGUUAUAGAUGGGAGACUGAAUAUGAAAAAACAUGGGAAGCCAUUCGAGAAGAUGAACAUGGGCUCUUGACAUCAAGUUUGGAAGAAAUUGUUCAUAAAUCUAGGAGGAAGAGAUUACUAGAAAAGAAAAAUCUGAAACUGGGUAUGAUGCGUCAUCUUUAUGUAAUCAUUGAUUGCUCAGAAGCUAUGUUAGAACCCGAUUUAAAACCUACAAGAUACUUGUGCACCUUGAAAUUACUAGAAAAAUUCAUUGAAGAAUAUUUUGAUCAAAAUCCUAUUAGCCAACUAGGAAUGAUUAUUACUAAAAAUAAAAGGGCUGAAAAAUUAACUGAGUUAGCUGGUAAUCCUAAACAGCAUAUUACUGUUCUACAAAAUUCUGCCAAAAUGACAUGCAUUGGAGAGCCAUCUUUACAGAAUGCUUUAGAACUGGCCAUGCAAACUUUACGUUUUAUGCCUACUCAUACCAGCAGAGAAAUACUUGUUAUUUUUGGCAGUUUGACUACUUGUGAUCCUGGAGAUAUUUAUGAAACUGUUGAUUCCUUAGUUUCGCACAAUAUCCGUUGCUCUAUUAUUGGAUUGGCUGCUGAGUUAGUUGUGUGUAGAAAAAUUACAAAAGCAACUCAGGGUUCUUAUAAUGUUGUUAUUGAUGAUUCACACUUUCAAGAAUUGCUGUAUGAACAAGUAUCUCCACCUCCAGCUACAAGCAGCACAGAAUCAUCUUUGAUCAGAAUGGGUUUCCCAUACCAUCAAAGUAAAAGUGAAGGCAAACCAUCGAUGUGCAUGUGUCAUUUAGAUAGCAAAACUCCUCAUGAAGGAUUUGGAACUGAUGGUUAUUAUUGCCCGCAGUGUAAUAGUAAAUAUUGUGAAUUGCCAGUUGAAUGCAAAGCUUGUGGUUUGACUUUGGUAUCUGCACCACAUUUAGCUCGCUCAUUUCAUCACUUAUUUCCUUUAGACUGCUUCAAUGAAGUAGCUGUUGCAAGUCUAGAACAGGGAAAAUAUUGUUAUGGUUGUUUAACAACAUUUGCAGAACAAACUGUGUAUCAGUGUGGUGUUUGCAAGAAUUAUUUUUGUUUAGAAUGUGAUCUGUUUAUACAUGAUUCUCUCCAUACUUGCCCUGGCUGCUCAAGCUCUAGGAGACAAUGAAUUUGAUUGUUUAUUAAGUUAUGUGUUUCUCUCUCUCUCUCUCUCUUUUUUUUUUUUUUUUAAUGAACUACGGUUUUCAUACAGCAAGGAACUUUUUUCAUCAAAAUUUUUAAAACAUAUUGAUUUUGUAUAAUUAUGUAUUAUUUCAAUUCAUAAAUGAAGAGUUGUACUGAAUGUUUUUUUAUUGUGAAUCAUAUUCAUAAUAAAAUAUUUACAUUAAUAUAUGAUUACUUUUUAGCCAAAAUAUGUAACUAUCUUUCACCAAAAAUUAGCAUUUUAAA